AGCUUGCUUGCUCCGGCUUCAGCAUUUCAAAGGGGUUCCAGGGGCCUUUCGGCCUUUCGGAAGAUCUCCAGUAGGGUAGGAACUUGUAGGUCUCGCCCCUCGCGAUUCGCCAUGGUCAGCACCGCCACUCCCCCGCCUCGCCGUGACCGGAGCGACAGCGAGUGGUCAGCGGCGAAGGGCGCGGAGGGCUUGAAACGCCGGGAGGUGGUGUCUCCCGACCGGAAGGAUCGUAAGGUGCUGCCCACGGUGCAGGAGAACGCCGCAGUUCAAGAGAAUGCAGAGGAGCCAUUCCCGGAGAACAUGGAGUCACCUGCAGGGCGGCAUAAGCGUGUCUCCUGGACCGUGAGGAAAUCCUUCAUCCAUGCAGAGGAGUGCUGCUCUCCCAGCCCGUCUGGCCACCAGCCCUCGCCGUCGAGUCCCAAGACCGCGCCCGCACGAGUGAACCACACCCCCCCGGGCUUCUUUGACGCGCCGCACGUGCCCUUCCCGGACACCACGAGGGUGUCACUGGAGAACUCCUUCAACGCAGCAGGACCCCCGGCCUUGGCCCCCGAGGUGCCAGCAACCAUGCUGCGCCUCUUUGAGCACUUGCCCGUGGACCCCGCUAACGACCGCAGAAAGCUGAGCAUCUUCGAGCACAUCGAGUCGCAGGCGCCCAGCGCGGCAGCUUGCAGCUUUCAAGGCUCGACACAUCCGCUGCCAGCGCAGCAUCCGCAGCUGCAGCAGUGGCCGCAGCUGGCCGUUGCCUUCGAGUCUCCGCAGAUGAGCCAGCUCUUUGCGAACUUGCGCGUGGACCCGGCCCAGGUGCAGCACCACCUGGAGGCGGUGAUGCCGCAGAUGCCCAUGUGGUAUCCAUAUACGACGCCCUGACGGGGGCCGUGAAACCGUGGGUUUUUGUAGCCAACAGGUCGCCGUUUGAAUGACCA